AUGAAACCGUCGCAGUCCAGGCUGCAGAAUGAUACUCCAAGAUCCCCAGCAAGGUACAGCAAUGGCCUGCCAGGAUUGGCCACUGCAUAUGCAGAUCGAAGUUCGAUCUUUUGUAUCACAUCUUCGGCGCCACUGCGGGAUGCAGAAAACAAUUCUCUCCAGGGAAGCAUAGAUCAAGUCGUCGUGGCGAAGCCCUUGACCAAAUUUGCACACCGUAUCACGCACGCCGAGGAUAUUCCCCGUUUAGUUUCUCAUGCAUUUCGAAAUUCCGUAGCUGGCCCAGCAGGUCCCGUAUUGAUUGACUUUCCGAUCGAUGUGCUGUUCUCUCCUGUUCACCAGUCAAGGAUAUCGUGGGGAUCCAUUUCUUCUCCGAUUCCUUACCCCUCGGGUCCUCAUAAGGAUGCAAUCGAAGAAGCACUUAAUAUCUUAAAGCAACCAACACGCCCUGUGAUCAUUGUUAGGACCGGUGCAAGUGCGCCCCAGAACUGCUCAAGUUAUUCAAAGAAGUACUCGGCCUUCGUUCCUAUUUCACAGCCUCUGAAUGGUGGAAAUGCAACAAAUUUGGCGUUACUUCGGGCUAUAGGGUACCCUCCGCCAGAUGCAAUUAUCCUUCUUGGAGCAAGAACUGGAAUGUACCUGGCUGGCCGCAGCGGGGCAAUUAUCCCUAAGGAAGGAUGCAAGGUUAUCCAAGUUGAUCUUGACGGCGGUGAAAUUGGUAGAUCAUUGCCUAUUGAUCUUGGGAUCGUCUCCGAUGUUGGCCAGGUUUUGAUUGCAUUGAACGAGGCGUUGUCCAAGUCCGAAAUUCGAGUGCAAAAGGAAUGGGUUAAGGUUGCCACCAGCAUCAAAUCUGUUCAAAGUCGACACGAGCAGGAACCAACGGGAAUCAGCCCGGGCUGUCCACAUCCAUUUCACGCUCUUAAGCAAUUUUUCAGUUCCCUCAAACCAGGGAGCAUCAUUUGCACCGAUGGUGGUGAAUGCGAACCCUGGGCUUCCCACUGUAUUGCUUUGGCAAGUCCUCACGCUGCAAUUGCUGCUCCAGACCGCCAGAUCAUCAAUGUCCAAGGCGAUGGCUCCGCAGGAUUCCACUUCAUGGACCUGGACACGUAUGCCAGGUUCCAGCUCAAUAUCAUGACUGUUGUUAUCAAUAAUUACUGUUGGGGGAUGAGCUCAAACGGACAGGAUCUCAUUUAUGGGACAGAAAACCCGGCCCGACCGAUCAGCAGCCUCAGUCCCGCGACCGCCUUCGAAAUUGUUGCAAAGGGGUUGGGAAAUGAGUCCGCCCGGGUCGAUUCAAUCGAUGACAUCCAGAAACCCGUGGAGGAGUUAUCCGCGGUUGAGGGGCCGUCAUGUAUCAACUUGAUUGUCAGCAAUAAGCCGACACAUGCUUAG